AGCCCGCUAAGUCGUGGGAGAAAUAGGUUAUGUUUAUGUCUUUUAAAUGUGGAAUUGAAUUUCAUGUUUUAUGGGAUUUAUAAGUGAAACAAAGCACACUUUCAUCACUCAAAAAUGAGUGAAUAUCCGUUAAGUUACCGUGAAGUAAUCCCUGACCAAACAGGAUCAGAAGUAUGGCGAGAAAUCACAUUAAAUACUGGUGGAACCCAAAGCAUUCUACAAGAUAUAAAGUUGGUCGAUAAAGCUAACGGUUUUUGCUACAAGGAUUCUUCAAAACACUUCACCAGAAAUCGUUUCAUCUACUGGCGCAUCAGUAAUGAUACCGUAGAAUUUGUAGAGCAUAGCUUAGAUAUAAACCUAUCCAACAACCGUGUGAGGUACAAGUUUGUGGAUACCCCAGUGUUAGAUGGAAUAUCUGUCCAUGAAACAGCAGAUAGUGUUAUAGUUUUAGUUCCAACAGUUUGUAGUGUGCAUCAGUUGAUAUUUCCACAUCCGAGAAGGUUGCACAAAUCAGAUGAACUGCUUGGGAUCCAUUCAGAUGUAUCUGCUCUUUCCAUUUUUGCAGAUGCUAAUGAGUCAGAUGCUAGAAAACCAUCUUCAUACUUUAUAUUUACUCCUCCAAGCUCAGUCAAUUCACAGCUACCCUAUUUAGCAACCUCCACCUACUCACCGUAUGUUGAAGAAUGCAUCUUUGUCCUCGCUUAUCCAUCUGGAGAAACAAUACUAAUUCAUCAAACGAAAGAUUCACAAAAUUACGUGUCAGAACUCAAAAAUGAAUCCAUCGUUCCACGGUUCCUCUCAGGUUUAGCAGAGAAAUUCAGGCAGAGGACGAAUGAUGGUGAUAAAGUGGUCAGUUUAGUUCUUCAUACUGUCGGUAUGGAAACUUUUGCCAUCACCCUCACUCGCGAUGGUCAUUUGAAAUUUUGGUCGUGCUCGAAAGUUCAAUGCGUUUCUGUUAUAAAUAUAUUAUCGGAAACAGGGGACUACUCAACGAAUUCGCAACAGGGAACCCAAAAUCAUGUGUUGAGGAAAGCUGUUGAUAGUAUUGAUAAACACUGUUUAUUAUCUGUAUUUUUGUCGAAUCAAAAUCAAUUUCACAUUAUAAGACCAGUAUUUUAUGAAGAUCAAAUAAGAGUGAAUAGAAUCCACAGUCUUUAUGCACCAGAAAAUGAUCUGAUCGAUAUGAGUCUAACUAUGACAAGAAUAUGGUCUAUAUGGCGUGGUGAAGAAGGGGACUGUAAGGUAUACAGUACAUGCUUACAACAAGGUGACAAUGAUGUCAGAGAUUGGACCCCCAUAAUUCUAGAAGAACCACCAGAAAGUCAACCUCCAAUGCUUGAUAGUGAAGCUGACCCCAGUCAAGUUUAUCUACAAUAUAUUUUCCAUCCAGGAAGAUUUCCUCUACAUGUUAUCAACAAAGCAUUGAAUACAUACAAGAGGUCCACAAUACUGACAGACCUCAAUCUCUCUCCGGCAGUUUUAAAAGAGAAAAUAACAUUCGCGGUUCACAAUGAAAUACAGAAGGAAUUAAAAGAAACCGAAGUUGGCUACGAUGAAUUCUUGCAAUGUGCUUGCUGGUGUUGGGAAAGAUUUUAUUCCUGUUGCGAGCAGUAUAAUGCUGCAGGAUUGAAACCCCUGGGAAUCCUUCUUCUACCCGGCGUUUCCGGGGCUGUUUUCUUGAAAAAAUCGGCUUUUUCGUUCUUCAGACCAUUGGAUACUCUCGAAUAUAUGUUGCUUUGUAGUGACUAUAUGUCGGAAUAUCAAUUCCUUCAGCAGGAUGGAAUUUCGGAAGAUGUUAACCUCAUUCCGGACAUGAUGGCAAUCUUGGAGGUUAUCGUGUACCUGAACUCGCAAAUGAGCGAUAUGUUCAGCUAUACCUUCGAGAAAGAACUUCAUAACCUAAGAUUCCCCGAUGUUGUCAUGGAGGAACUCCUGGACAACAUACAAUCGGAGAUCGACAGCGAAUUUACCGGUCAUGUGUCCAGGAUGCUUGGCAAAUGUAGAGACCUCUACCAAGCGAUGCACAAACUACUGGAGUUGGUCAGAGACGCUCACAAAGUCCCGGAUGCGGAAGAUCAGAAAUGCAACAAUACCCUUGCGUAUCUGUUCACGUCUCAACUGGGAGUCUCCAUGGUCAAUCAGAGUCUUCGUCAGCAGGCACAAACAAGAUUCAACAUUUGCCGUAACCUGCUUCUUAUCAGUAACAUCCUGUUGAAAAGACAGGAAUUGCCUUGGGACGUUCUCGAGUCUGUGAGGUCGGUGUGUUCGCCUGACAUUGUGGUUUUGACUCAAGCGAGCUACGUUAUGUAUUGGUUAAGUGGUCUUCCAGCUCUACCGGUUUUAUCACACGAAUCCAUCACCAAGCGACUGGCACCGCUGAAACUGAACCCAGUUUUCAACAUAAGGAAUAACAAUAAUCAAGUGGUGUCCGUUUUGUCAUUGUUCAUCGGUUCCUCCGGAGGUCACGAGGCUCACAAGAGGUUUUGGAGAGUGAAGGAUCACGACGACAUUCAGCAUUGGCAUUUUUCCCUGUUGCCGUACUUGAGCCAACUCUUCCACAUAAUAUGGCCGGUCAGUAACUCUUCGCUAUUGGCGGAAUGGUUGCUCAGCAGCGGGCAGCAUGUCUGGCUUCAGGAGUACGUGAGGCUGUUGAGGAGUUGGUGCGAAUGGAACAACUGUACUAGAAACUUUUUGCUUGGUUGUUCGUUUCUACUCACCAGCGACAAUUACAAAGCCAGAGAAUUGUUUGAGUUGGCUGCUAAAGGUAUUCUCUCGGAUUCGUUUCUAGCAAGUAGAAUCCUUAGGAACGUUACCGACGAUGAUACUGGGAAAGCUUUCGUAACUUACUACCUGAAGGUUAUACAAUUGUUCGAACUGAAUAACGCCGAUGACUAUGCAAUUCAUAUAGCCAAUACCGCCCUGAGCAUCAUAGGUCCAGAGGAUCCACUAGCCGCCACUUUAUAUUCCAUAAAAUUCAAACAUCACCUCAAGUUGAAACAUUAUUCGCUGGCCUACGACGCCUUGAAUUCCAAUCCCGAUGAAGAGCGUAAAAGGGACAACUUGAGGGAUUUGGUCAAGUGUCUUUUGGACGGAAGGGAACUGAACACUUUGAUGAAUUUCAACUACGGUGAUUUGGAGGAACUUUUCCAUGAAAUUUUGUUGUCGAGGGCCAGAGCUUUAGACGUUGUCGAUAAUACAUUUUACGACUUUUUAUACGCCUAUCAUGUGAAGAGGGGACCUCCUUACUUCUUCAGAGCUGGCUCGAUCAUGUAUGAACAGGCGUUUAGGUUAAGUUAUAAUAAUAGUAUCGAAGCUUUGGAAAAGCAGGUUAAAUGUUACUUGGCUUCUUUGAAUAUACUCCGGUUGUGUAACAAAGAGAAAACGUUGGUAUCCAGACCCAAGGAUACAACAGAGGAAGAACUUUCUUUGUUACCGCCACAAUUGAGGUCAACUUCUGAUCAAAGCAGGAUUGCGGCGAAAAGUCAAAUGGAACUAGUCGGCUUAGACGAUAUCAAAAGAGAAUACGAUUUCGCUUGUGCCAAAUUGAAGUUGGCAAAAUAUUGUCCGCAAGUUUACGACAAUUUCGCAGUUACAAAUCCUAGCGAAUUAUUGGUGGCUCUUGUGUCUUGUGGAUUAUACCAGGUCGGUUUGAAUCUAUGCAAGAGUCUCGAUCUGCCGUACGACUUGGUGUUUGAUCAUCUCACCGGUCAAUGUAUAGUUCUCACCGAAGAUGAUAAUCCGGAUGUUCAACAUUGGAAUUGGAUAAUCAAGAAUGAGACGCAAGAUCUAUUGAUCAAUAACAAUAAUCCAGCAGACGUGGCUUGGUUGUUCCUUCAGCAGUUACUGGAGGAAUAUGAAGAACCUGGUUUAACAGUUUUGCAUAAAGUCGUUUGCAAGAAAAUUAUUCAGAUGGGGGCCUUUAUUCCUCAUUGGCUGUUUUCGUCCUACAAGAUUCGGAAUGCUGCUGAGCUUUUACGACUGUUACAUGCCACAGGAAGGUUGGAAGAGGCGAUAGAUGUCGCUAGCAAAUACAUGUUGGCCAUAAUGGGACAUGGAAAAGAGUAUUAUGGUCUGAAAGCAUCGAUGUGUCCUACAGGUGAUGUUGUUUAUUGUCCAGUUGGCCCAAUCAACAACCUCAUACUGGAAUUGGAGUUGCAGAUCGAGAAUAAUGUCGAAGAAUUCACAAAAGAUUACGAGUUUCUGAAGGACUUGUUCGCUAAAUACUUGGAGACCUCGAUAAGAAUUUCGAAUGAGAUGUGUAGAUACAGGAGUGCUGUUAUCAAUAAGAGUUGAUCGAAGAUGUUUUGAAGUGUAAAAUGUUCAAUUUUUUUAAUAAAUCGAAUUUCUUAUUU